AUGACAGCGGCCGCCAAGCAGGUGGCAGCGGCCAAAGGUAUCAGCAUUGAGGUGUGGCAGGUCGGGCCGCGAGUGCUUGAUCCUGCAAAAAAGUACAAUGAGGAGACGGAGAAGUGGACGACGACAAACACUGGAAAGAUUGCACAUCACUACUGGGUUGUAUUUGAGAAGGCUUUCAUGGAGAAAAUGCAUGAGCACGUUAUCUUCGUAGAAGAAGACCUUCUGUUCUCCCCGGACUUCGUUGCGCUAUUCCGCAGUACAGCCGGCCUUAUGGAUCAGGACGCAAGUCUUUGGUGCAUUGGUGCUUGGAAUGACUUUGGCUUCAAGGGCACGGUGAUGGACAGCUGCAGCCUGCAGCGCACCUCCUAUUUCCCAGGCUUGGGCUUUAUGCUGUUGCGGAGAGCCUGGCUGGCAGUCCGAAAGGAGUGGCCCGUCGCACCAACUAUGGGCUGGGACUACUGGAUGCGGGUUGCUUUCCGAGCAGCUGGCAAGGAGUGCGUCAUCCCACAGGUUUCCAGAAGCCACCAUGCAGCUGCAAAAGGCUCCUCCGUGUCGACGGCAAAGCAAGUUCGCCUUUUUGAGGCCAUGGCCUUUGCUGAUGUGCCCUCGACAUGUGAUGUCACAGAGCCCUGCGCGCAUUUUGGCAAUGUGUCCUACCUUCUGGAGGAGGAAUACAAUGCCUGGCACCGGAAAGCAAUUGCCAACGCACCCAGAUUGGAUUUGAAGGAGCUCAAGGCACAAACCUCGGCGAAACCGACGAAGAAGCUGCCGAGGGUUCUCCACGUGGUGCCAUACGUGCGCGAAGAGUUCCCUCAACUGGCAGAGCCGGCUGGCCUGUCUCCCAGGAACACAAAGGGCUCGAUACCAGCAGAUGUGCGAUCUGAGCAUUAUGGCAUCAUGGUUGGGCGCAUUGUGAGCCAGCGCAUUCCCUUGUUACUGGUGGACAAGAGGAGUAAGUUGGGGUUCCUGCGUCCGGAGGAGCAGCUCAGGUUCAGCGAGGACUAUGAGGUUGUUCCUGGCAGCCAGGGUAGGUCCUGCGUGGAAGUUUGCCAGUCAAGGAAUAGCAAGUGCGACUCGAAGCAGAUAUACUUCUUGAACGACUGCAACGUCCUCAAGAAGCACUUUCCCUGCGAGGCAGGUUGCGCACACCAGGUCGGCAAAGAACUUCCGGUGUAUGUGCCAGACCAUGUCCAAUCCACAACAGGGCAGUGCCUUCUGACCUUCAUCUCGCCUGGAUCUUGCGAGGGGAAGCACAAGAGCACCUCCCGGCUCUGUCCCUGCAGCUUACCAUCCUCAAAGCAAAGGUGA